UUUAUUUGGUUUUUGUGUACAAUCGAAAACAUGACCUAUUAAACUUUAAAAUACAUGACAGUUUUCUCUCACAAUUGAAACAAAUUCAAAAUUUGACAACGGAAAUACAAACAAAUUUAAUAUUUUUUUGUUGUAUUAGCUUGUCGCUGAUAUUAAUUUUUAGCAUGUAAUAAUAAUAUCUGCGAUGUCAUUUGUACCAUCUCAGUAUUUAGUUAGAUUACAAGAAUUGAAACUAUGGCAAGGAAAUUAUGAUAAUCUGUUACAAAAGCAAAAAAAUAAUUUAGCUAAAGAUAUACAAUUGUCUGAUUUGGAUGAUUUGGACGACGUAACUCCGAUAAGCGAAAAAUCACAAAUUAAGACAUGCGAAUCUGUGGACUGGGAUCAACAAGCCAUUUUACCGAAAACUAAACCAUUCAAUGAACUUAUUGAAGAAAAACUGGCUGCAGAUGAACCUAUAGAAGUAUCUAUUAAAACCAAAAAACCUUUUCUAAGAAAGGGAUCAGGUUUAGCACGAUAUAAUCUGAAUCCUAUUAAAAAAAAGUUCAACGAACAGAAAAUAAUUCAAAAUAAUCAACACAAACGUCACACUGAUAUUAAGGGUAUUGAACAAAAACGUCAUGCAGAUAUUAAGAGCAAUGCAAGUAUUAAGAGCAAUGCAGAUAUUAAGAGCAAUGAAGAAAAAUGUUACACAGAUAUUAAGGGCAAUGAGCAGGCAUAUGUAGAGAAUUCUAUAACACCUUUAAAGGCACCGGAGAUUAAUAUUAAGUCUAAGGCUACAUGGACUAAGGUUAUUAACGAUGAAAAUCUAGUAGAAUGUUCUGAAGAUAACAAGUUUAAUCCUCAAUACGUGAUUGAGAAGAUUAAUGAGUUUGCUCACUCAUUCUGCACUUCUAAGAAGUACAAUGAUGAAAAAAUUUUAGAAUCAUAUUUUGACAGAUAUAACCAUGAGGACAUGUUAGAAAACUCAUUCAGUAACCAAUCAGAAGAAGAAUUACAUAUUUUUGAAACUCUUGAAAAAAAAAUUAAUCACUCUAGUUUUGUGUCUACUAAUACUAGUGUUAUUAGAUUGCUGGCUAGUACUCCUAAUAGUGUUCACACAUCUCCCCAAAAGAAUACUAAUGAUGAAAAUUUGAAAAUGUGUCAGGAGAUUCAGAGUUCAAAUGUUUUGACUAAAAUUUUAAAUAAUUUAAAGUUGAUAUCUGCUGAAAAUACUAAAGGAGAAUAUAGAGAUAAUUCAUCAGCAAGAACCAGUCGCACCAAUAGUUUUUCUGAAGAUAAAAAGUAUGUGAAAAAUCCAGAUAGCUACUGUCUAUCCCCCUCUAGCUUCUAUACAGAUUUCGAAAGUACUUUGGAACGUUUUAAUAAAAUAAACACUGCUGUAAAUACCAGUUUUUCCCAAAAUAAAGAAGCAAGUUGUCAAAACUGUAUAGAUCUUCAAGAUAAACUAGAGAAGUUGUUGUAUGAAUCAACUAAUGUAGAGGUAGAAAAGAGAAAAUUAUGUGAUUUAACGAAAGAAUUGGAACAUCAAUGUAGAGAACUUACUGCAGAAAUAGAAAACUUAAAAUUGAAUUAUGAUAAAGACAUAGAAGAUUUGAGGGAAGAAUUGGAUGAGGAACGAAAAAAGUUUGCUAGAGAAAAAGCUUUACUUGAUAUGUAUGUAAAAGAUGUUAAACCUAAAAAGAAAGACGGUAUAGAAAUGGAUAGUUUGAAAAAAGAAUUGAUUGAUCUAAAAGAAUUAAUGAAACUGAAAGAAACUAAAAAUGGUACAACUCAGGCUCGGUUGCGCAAUCAAAUCAGACAAUUGGAAAAAGAAAAAUCCGAACUGAAGUUAUCGGUGGAGCAACUGCAAAAAGAAAAUGGAAAACUCAGUGCUUCUCAGAAGAUAAAUAGGAACGCAGAAGCUAGAAUGUUACAAGAAAUUAACAGAAAUUUACACAGGUUAACGGAAGAGACAAUAAAAGAUGGAGACUUGAAAAAAGACAAUAGAACUAAAUUUGUUCAGAAAAAAGAUAAGCGACGAGGUAUGGGAGAAUUAAAAGAAAGAGUCGAAAGGGAACUACAAGUAGAAGUUAUAUAUAAUAAUGAAUUGGUUGCUAAAAAUUUAGAUAAACAAAAUGAAUCAUCGACAGGAUUAGCAAAUAACGAAUUCGGACAAAAUGAAGGAACCAAUCAACGUAAAAAAGUUUUAAUAGAGAGAGAAUUUCCUGAUGGAUCGAAAGAAAUAAAAUUUACUAAUGGGACAAUAAAAACCAUAUCACCUGAUGGUAAACUGAUCUAUCUCCAGUAUUCAAACGGUGAUAUCAGAGAAACAGAUUUAAUUAAAAACACCGAAAAGUAUUAUUUUCUCAAGAAAGAUAUAUGGUUAACGAAACACUCAGAUGGAACAGAACUUAUCGAGUUUCCCAAUGGUCAAAAAGAAGAAAGAUUCCCAGAUGGUAGAGUGCGAAUAACAGCUGUAGAUGGUACUACAUUAACAACCUACAAAGAACAUCAGGAAAUAAAUUAUCCAGACGGAUCUAAAAUGGUCAAAAACAAAGAAGAGAAAAUAAUAUAUCUAACCAAUGGUCAAAAGGAAACACAUACGCCACAGUUUAAAAAAAGGGAAUAUCCUGAUGGUACCAUUAAAAUAAUUUAUCCAGAUGGUACUCAAGAAUCUCGAUACGCAAACGGGAGGGUUCGUAUCAAAGAUGAAAAUGGCACGUUACUUAUGGACUCCCAUAUUAAUGAAACACAAUGACAAAACUUUUUAUUUUAUUUAAUUAAAUGUAUAUAUUUUAUGUUAAUUAUAUCGGUCUCUAUUCG